AUGGCUGGCCGAUACUACAAAGUCCAAACUCUCAAUGUCGUGGUGGAGGUGAAGCUGAGUGCAGCAGAGGAGCAGGAGAAAUGGCUGGCGGAUGCACUCAACGUGGUCAAGCAGCAGGCCUUCUACAUGCGCCGAGCUCUCCCACCUCCUCUGCCUGCCUUCGCUGACUCUCAGGACUCGGGCAACCUACGAGAGGCCCUCAAGUACUCAGCGCAAAUGCUUUCUGAGCUCCGCACCUCCAAGCUCGCACCACAGAAAUACUACGAGCUCUGUACGCGCCUCAAAGUCCACCGCAUCCGCACUGUUCCCCAACCCUGCGUGCAUGGCAUGGCAGACAUAGUGGUGUGUGGCGAGCUGCAGAACCUGGAGGCCUUCUUCUGGGACGAGCACAAGAUGCGCGGCCGCAGCUGUGUGGACCUCUAUGAGCUCGUGCAGCACGCCGGCAACAUCGUGCCAAGGCUGUAUCUCCUGUGCACGGUAGGGGCAGUGUACAUUCGCAGCAAGGAGGGGCCGGCUAAGGAGGUACUCAGCGACCUGAGCGAGGUGUGCAAGGGCGUGCAGCACCCCAUCCGCGGGCUGUUCCUGAGGGCGCAUCUCACCCAGUGCAGCCGAGAUAAAUUGCCCGAUACUGGGUCGGAGUAUGAAGGCGAGGGUGGCACAGUGGUGGAUGCAGUGGAGUUUCUGCUGCAGAACUUCACGGAGAUGAACAAGCUGUGGGUGCGCAUGCAGCACCAGGGGCCUGCCACCGAGAGGGAGAAGCGCGAGCAGGAGCGGCGAGAGCUCAGAGACUUGGUGGGCAAGAAUCUGCAUCUGCUGAGUCAGCUGGAGGGGGUGAAUCUGGACAUGUACAAGACUGUAGUGCUGCCGCGCAUCCUAGAGCAGCAGGGACGAGAUAGCCAGCAGUACCUAAUGGACUGCCUCAUCCAGGUGUUCCCAGACGACUUCCAUCUCAACACCCUUGAGACGCUCCUGGGGGCGUGCCCUGAGUGCGUGCACUGCAUUCAUCCUCCCUCCCCUCCUCUCUCGUUCCCUUCCUCUCUCGUUCCCUUCCUCAUCGGACCUCCCUUCCAGAUCGUGAACUGCAGGGACGAGAUAGCCCAGCAAUAUUUGAUGGACUGCCUCAUCCAGGUUUUCCCAGACGACUUCCAUCUCAACACCCUCGAGACGCUCCUGGGGGCGUGCCCUGAGCUACAGCCGAGUGUUGACGUGCGGACCAUCAUGUCUCAGUUGAUGGACCGCCUUUCGACCUUCAUGGAUAAGAACCCUGAUGCCUUGCCGCAUUUCCUGGAGGUGGAUGCUUUUGCCAAGUUCAACUCCGCUGUCAGCAAGGUGAUGGAGGCGCAGGCGGAGAUGCCUCUAAAGAGCGUCGUCAGCCUGCAUCUGGCUCUCCUGCAGUUUGUGCUGCGCGUGCAUCCCGACCGCCUCGACUACAUCGACCAAGUGCUGGCGGCUUGUGUGGGGAUAUUGGAUGCGAGGAGGCAGACCAAGGACAGCCCGACAACAAAGCAGCUGGUGGCGCUACUCUCAGCAGCGCUGGACAAGUUUGGGCCGGGCGGCGUGCUGACGGUGCUGCAGCUACCACACUACGCACGGGUCAUGGGGCACCUGGACCAUGAGACGAAUAAGGCAAUGGCGGUGGUGAUCAUUCAGAACAUGGUGAAGCAUGAGACCACGAUUGGAGACCCAGAGAAGGUGGAGUGCUUACUCAGCCUCGUGCGCCAUCUCACUCAAGACAUGGACGGCGUUCCUCCAGUCGACGAGCUUGACAUGGACGACUUUUCUGAGGAGCAGAAUCUCGUGGCGCGUCUCGUGCACCUGCUCGUCAAUCCCGACCCGAGAAUACAGUUCCAGAUCCUAGCCAUCAUCCGAACGCAUCUCUUCAAGGGAGGCCAAUCCAGACUACGCUUCACCAUCCCCUCACUUGUCUUCUGCUCGCUACAGUUGGUGCACCAGCUGCUAUCUCAGGGCAUCACAGGGGCGGAUCAGGCACUGGCAACAGCGGGGGCAGCGGCGAGUCAAGCAGCAAUGGCGGCUGCUGCAGCAGGGGAGGGGCCUGUCACUCCUCUCACGCUCUUCCUCUUCCUGCACAAGGUGGUGGAGACCCUGUCAGAGUUCGUGCCUCCAUUGGCCCUCAAGCUCGCCCUCGAGUGCGCGCAGGUGGCCAGUGCGUGUGGUCUGGAGCCCAUCGCAUAUGACCUCUUCACCCUCGCCUUUGUCAUUUAUGAGGAGGAGAUAUCGGAUUCCAAGGCACAGGUCACCGCUCUGCACCUGAUCAUUGGAACGCUGCAGCGCUGCCACGUGUUUGCAGAGGAGAACAGAGACACGCUCACACACAAGGCCACUGGAUACUCGGCCAAGCUACUAAAGAAAGCGGAUCAGUGUCGUGCUGUGUGCACCUGUGCACACCUCUUCUGGAGCGAUGAGGAGAACGGCCCUAGAGAUGGCGAAAGGGUGGUGCUGUGUCUCAAGAGAGCGCUCAAGAUUGCCAAUGCGGCGGCUCAGCAGCUCUCUUCUGCUGCUAGAGUGCUCUCAAGAUUCACUGCAUUCACUCCCAUCUAUCAUUCUCAUCCGCGCAUCCCAAUCUUACUUAUAUCUUACCCGCUGCUCCCCAUGCACCAGGGUGGUGCUGUGUCUCAAGAGAGCGCUCAAGAUUGCCAACGCAGCAGCUCAGCAGCUCUCAGCCGCUGCCAGAGUGCCCGGUUCGCACGUGGUGCUGCUGGUGGAGAUUCUCAACAAGGCAACCCCCAUGUGACCCCCGUGGUGCUGCAAGGCCUCAUCGAGCUCAUCACCUCCGAGCUCGCUGUCGAUGGCGCCACCGUCGAUGCCACCGUGCACAGCUUUUACCGGGCGACGCUUGCGCAUAUUAAGGACCAGAAGCACAAGGCGGGUGCGAUAGGGGAGAAGUAUGCUGAAAUCCAGAUUUGA